GGGACAUCCACUUGUCUAGGUUGCACGAAGGCCUGUGUGCAGCACCGCCCAUUGGACACCGGGCGCUUUGUCCAGGAUACUUAAGGAGAACGGUACCGCUAGCACUACCCAGCGAUCGCUCCUGCCCUCCAACGCGACAAGGAUGCAUCUCGCCUCUUGUCUUCUGAUCGCCCUCGCUUUGGGUCUUUCGCUCUGCGGUGCUUCACCGGCUCCGGCGCGGCUUGUCGUGCACGAAUCCCGCGCGACCAUCCCAUCCGGCUGGUUGCCCGUGCGACGGGCUGAUCCUGACAUCGUGCUGCCUCUCCGCAUUGGGCUGAUGCAGCCGCAUAUCCACGAGGUCGAAGAGUACCUAAUGGAGAUAUCACACCCUCAAUCACCCGGAUAUGGCAAGCACUGGACGCCAGCGGAGGUGCGCCAUACGUUCCGACCUUCGAAGGAAGCCAUCGACACCGUCCUAUCGUGGUUACUCACGAGCGGCCUCGGGACGGACCGUGUCCAAGUGAGCAAUAGCGGCACGUGGAUACGUGCCAACGUGACCGUCGAGGAGGCCGAAGAACUGUUGAAGACGGAAUACUUCAUCUACCACGGAAAGGAGACAGGCAGCGAAGUCAUCGCUUGUUCGCAGAAGUACCGUCUGCCAGAACAUGUCUCCGAGUACGUUGAACUGAAGCGCCGUGGUUUCGAGAAGAGGGAUCAACCAGCUCCGAGCAAACUUUGGGGCGGAACGCCGAGUUAUCGUCCUCUCACAAGCUCUGCCGCACAUGUCAACGGUCCUCUCGCUAACACCGUCGAACAACUAACCGCAUGCGGCGAACAGAUCACACCGGAUUGUUUGCGCCUCCUCUACAACUUCACCGACUUUGUGCCGCAGGUCCCGGGAAACAACUCGAUAGCCAUAGUCGAGUUCACCCCUAACGCUUAUGUGGCUAGCGACUUGGAUAUGUUCUUUGCGAAUUUCUCGCCGAGCCAAGUAGGCGAGCGACCUGUGCUCGUAAGCAUCGACGGAGGUGUUGUGCAAACAACUACCGAAUCGCUUGACGAUAACGUAGAAUCGGAUCUGGACUUGCAAUACGCCAUGGCGUUGGUGGGCCCGACGCAGAAUGUCACGCUGCUUCAAACAGGGGACAUGGUGGAAGGCGCUUCACCCAAUGAUGUGCUCGAUGGGAUCGAUGCGUCGUACUGUACAUACGAGGGUGGAGACGAUCCCGAGUCAGACCCCGUCUAUCCGGACCCUGACGGAGGAUACCAAGGUCACGACUGCGGAACUGCCUCACUACCCAACGUACUGUCUUUCUCUUAUUCCAGCGCCGAAGCGUUCUUCACCCCUGCGUAUAUGGAGCGAAUGUGUAACGAAUUCGCAAAGCUUGGUCUAAUGGGUGUAACAGUUUUAUGGUCUACCGGAGACAAUGGCGUUGCUACCGAGGACGGUACAUGCUUAAAUUCUUCCGGAGAUCUCGGCGUCAGCAGUGGAUACACAAUCUUUAGCCCGUCGUUCCCCGCCACCUGUCCGUAUGUGACAAGCGUGGGUGCUACGCAGAUUAACACAUCCUCGCCCCGCAUGGAGAGCGCGGCGUACCAACCAGGAUACCUAUCGUCCGGCGGUGGAUUUUCAAACACCUUCGCCUUACCCAGUUACCAGCAGACGGCGGUGCAAGACUAUUUGACGAAUUAUCCGCCACCAUACUCAUCCUCCCUAUUCAAUUCGUCGGGUCGCGCGUACCCGGAUUUGUCUGCAAAUGGUGUCCGAUAUACGGUAGCAGCCGACGGGACGUGGCUAUCGGUUUACGGUACUUCGGCAUCUACGCCGGUCAUUGCGGCUUUCCUUACAGCCAUCAACGAUGCGCGCAUCGCUGCGGGAAAGAGCACAAUCGGCUUCAUUAAUCCGACGAUCUAUUCGUCUUCGUUUCAAGCGGCAUUCAAUGAUAUCAUCAACGGGUCGAACCCGGGAUGCGAUACUAAUGGGUUCUACGCCGAGCCGGGCUGGGACCCGGUUACGGGUAUUGGCACUCCCAAUGUUGCGAUGCUUCGCGACCUGUGGCUUGCGCUUCCGUGAUGUUAGGAGCUGCUACAUUCUUCUCUACUAGUAGUCAGUCUGGCCUUUCGAACUUCGACUUCAACGAGAGGCUCACUUACUGUAUGUCCUGGAUAUAUAUCAUUAUCAUACGGUCUGACAUGUACAUAAUCAGAGGGGCCUCACUAGUGGCCUAAGUUACAGUACUGUAAUCAGACUUUGGCUGCCUAUUCCGGCUCAAACCUUCUCACUUCAAUUACAUAUCGACAACAAGACCGUAUUUACGCCUUCUCGCGUCGAUUUGGAGUCAAUCAGUGUACUCAACAGUACGG